UUUGCCAUAAAAUCCUUAGGACUGCCACUUCCAUACAAACUUUCAAAGUCGUCUAAAUAGUASUAAGUGAUAACUUCGAGAUCAGGACUUUCAAAGCGAAUCCUUGGAAAGGCUUUGAUCAAAUGCCCACCCUACUGAAACAAGAACUCUUGCGUUUUCUGCUAUGUGUUAUGCUGAACACGAUACUUCUUUGUACAUCGCCAACUAAAGGAAUACGCUGCGAAGAGACAUCAAUCGGUGUGGAAGCCAGGGGAAUCAUUCCAGAUAGUAGCUUUACUGCAUCGUCUACAUAUAGAUAUAAAGGAUACAAGCCAUAUUUUGCAAGGAUUGGUGAUACACGAGGAKAUGGCCAUGGUUGGUGUCCAGGCAGCCCAGGAAAAAAUAUCCGCCAUUAUCUGCAAAUUGAUCUUGGAGCUGAGUUCGUUGUGUGCGCCAUUGCUACAAAGGAAGGCGGUGCAUAUGCUAAAACAUACGUAAUAACCAUGUCAAAGGACAACCGAACCUGGAAAGAUUACAAAGAGAACGGGAGAAUAAGACUCUUAGUUCCUUCCAAUGCGCAAGCAAAGCAAUAUAUAUGUUUACUUAUGUUUUUGAUGCAAAUAAGGACAGCACUGGUGUUGUGAAAAGCCCAUUAAAAAACAAACCAUUAAUGCGGUACAUCAGGUUGUAUCCAAAAGCCUAUCACAUUAACAAAUAUUGCAUCAAAGUUGCAAUC